ACGUAUUUUGACGGAGCACACAGAGAGCGAGGCGAAACGCCACGGCGGGAUAUUCAUGUUAAAACGUGAACUGACAGUAGGAACAGCAAAAAAAACACCUUGAUAAUAAACGUUUUGAUACAGCAGUGACUAGAAGUAAUGCCUGCCAUAUGAUUUUUUGACUUAUUAAAUAAAAAUGCCCAGGAAGUAAAACAAGGAGGUUACCAUUUCCAAGAUGGAGUCCCUUGCCCCAAAUACUGAGGUUCGCCUUGCGGUGGCCCAGUGUUUCCGGACCCUCACUACAUCCACAGAUACCAAAGACAUUGUCGCCGCCCUUCAGACACUUCACCUUUACUUGGAUGAAGGACCAGAGAGCAGAACCACCUCAGUUCAGCGGGCAGAGUUCAGACGAGCUCACUUCACCCGCACCCUUCAAUUUCUUGUCAGCAACAUCCAGGCUGACUGGUUGGCCGGCCUCACUGCCGCCCAGCGAACAGAGUUAUGGGACGGCUUGUUCCUCAAAGGUCCUCCAGAGCAGGCGCUGCUGGUGCUGAUGGAGGGAAUAGGAGAGCUACAAGCUAGCUCAAAUCUGGACCACUUGGUCAGCAUCACUGAGAAGUUCCUUCAGAGUGGUCGACUUGCUGACCUGCUGUGGUCCUACUGUCUGGAGACGGGUCCCUCUGAUUCCCCCCAGCUCCGAGAGACUCUGCUCGGACGUAUUGUGGCGCUGCCGGACGUCACCGCCAACAGGUUACAUCUCAAAAACAAGCCCCUUUUCCUUCCUCAGCAGUACUACCCACUACUGGCCAGAGAGAUGCUCACUGCCCUGGAGCGGACCUGUCAAGCACUCAAAGAUGGCACAGACUGCUCCUUGACUUUUGUGGCUCAGACACUUGGAAAAGUCUGUAUCCAGGGUCAUAGCGGUUUGGUGCUGGCAGUCAUGGCUCCGCGGCUGUCUGUGUGCACGCGCUCAGACAUGGUGUGGCAGAGGGUUUGCUGGAAGCUGCUGGAGAACGUUCCACUGCGAUGGAUGGAGAGUGUGCUCACUGGACUGGUGCAGGCCGUCAGCGGACCUGAUGCCUUGGGGAGGAUCAUUGGGAAUCUAGCGUUAACAAAUAAAAAGGCCCAGUUUGUCAUCACUCAUAAACUGCUGUUACUGCAGUACAAGUACGAGACUCAAGUCUUGAGAACUGUCCUGGGCUACUUAGCAGCAGAUAGGGAGCGAAGGCCACUGCUCACCCAGGUGUUACGGUCUGUGUCCCAGGCCUGGGCUAACCCCAGUGCAGUGAAGCACACACCUCUAGAGCAGCAGCUGUAUGUCAGCAAGGCCUUACUGCUGAGUGUUUGUCUGCUGAAAGACUCUGAGCUGCUGGAGCUACGCUCAGAGUUACUUCAGUGUAUGCUGGGAGGCAUGCAGAGCCAUCUAGACAGCAGUGUGGUGCGUAUCAGGCGUAUGGGCAUGGUGGUGGGAGAGUGCUUGAGCUCUCGCAUGGAUUUCAAUAAGACCAAGCUCAAGUUUGAGUACGAUCAGGACGAGGAAACUCAGGAGCUGCUUUCUCUGAUGACUCCCUUUACUGGCGAUGAACCAGAGGCUGAGCAUGUGAACGGAGUUGAAUCUCCUCAAGAGACCAGUGAAACAACUCCAUCUGCUCAGAAUGUAUCCUCUCAAAAUAAGUCAAAAACUGACCCAGACUCCGACCUGGACAGCGACGAUGAGCUCACUCCGUACGAUAUGUCUGCCGAUCAGGAAAUAAGCACAGCAUCCCCACCGCGUUACCUACGAGACUGUUUGGAAACCUUAAUUUCAUCUGAGGACCCGCUGCGUGUGGAGCUCAGUCUGAGAGUCACUGAGGGUUUGGUGAGGAAGAACGUCUUUGCAACCAGAGAGGUCAGUGUCCAGCUGACCAAGGUACUUCUUCACAUGGAGGACAAAUACAGCAUAAAUGGCUUCCUGAUUCUCAGACACACCAUGGUGGCCCUCAUUGUCACAGACUGCAUCUCUGUGACUCAGUAUUUGACCACAGAGUUUUACUCCUUGAACUACAGUCUUCGCCAGCGGCUCGAUAUCUUGGAGGUCCUGACUCUGGCAGCGCAGGAGCUCUCUAAGCCGAUCACUGUAAAGAGAAAUCCAUCUGUGGGUAUUACAGAAAGCACUGAUUUGACUCCGUACCCCGGUGACAACCCUGUUCAUUGGCGACAAGUAGUGGAGAAGCGGAUUCAAAGCAAGACAAAACGCCUCAGGAAGGGUGCCACACAACCUCCAGCUAAGGCCACCCCUAACCGUUAUGCCCCUGUUGCUGGACACUUCUUUUUUCCUCUGCUCAGCAAUUAUGACAAGCCUCAGGUGACUUUUGACCUGUUGGGUGGUGACCAUCUCGUACUGGGCAGGUUGAUCCACACCUUGGGCCUCUUCAUGCAUUUAGCAGUCAAUGCACCGAUUGCUGCACAGAUGGGUUGUGCUUUACUGGACUUUGUGUGGGCGGUGCGCUACCAUGUUGACCAGAUGGUGAGACGAGGCGUCCUCUUUGCUGUCUGCUCUGUGUUUCUGAGCAUGCCCAGUGAAAACCUGCUGGUGGACCUCAGUGAUCAGCUGUUUGAGACCAGAACUUGGCUGGCAGAUGUGGCUGAAGGAGACCCUGAUGCAGACUGCCGGAGUCUGGCUAUACAGAGUUUGGUACUGCUUGAUAAGAGCCUAAAGAAACAGCUACAAGAUCAACAAGCACUGAGCGUGGAGUCAUGAUCACUGCAUCAACAAUGAACAAUGAAACACUGAAUGUGUCUCCGAUGUUGGGUAGGGCUGUACCUCUGUCUCGUCCUCAAAGAGCCUGAGGUUGAUGGAAGUGAUGUUUCCGGAUAUUUGCCGACACAUUUCAUAUCCUGCAACAGAGAGCCAACCAGCGGAAAAGGAGGGCAUGCAUCUUUACACAUGUGUGUCAAUGUCUUUUUGCAUAACUAAAUCAUGCACACACAAACAUUUCAACACUGUAUUGUUUAGAAGGACAUAUUGUGUAUUCUGUAUGACCCAGAUAGAAUAGGAUGCCAUUUUUGUCCGCUAAUAAAAUGUAACUUA